GCGCCGGGUUCGGCCAGGUCGGAAAGUGACCUCGGGCCAACGUUGUGCCAAGCACUUUUAUCUGCUUUUGUGCCCUUGGGACCCGCGAUACAACGCAACUUCGAAGAACAUUUUAUUGAUAUCACCACGUGUGAAAUACGAUAGAGGGACAGGCGGACCUUACAGACGCUAUUGGUGUCGAAGAUUUAAAACGCAGCAACGGCUCGCGCCGCGCGCGCCAGGUCGCAGUGCCAUCUUUGUUUACAAACACGAAAAAAAAAAAAAAAACAAUAUGUAUGUGGGUAAGGAACCGCUGAUUACAGGUUACAUAUUUAAUACCCAUCAAUUUACGCAAACGUUUGGUGGAAGAAAGCUGUGUGCAGGUCUUACGAAAGUAAAUUGAAAUUACGUUCCUAGUAAACAAGCCCAAACUGAAAACAAGAAGAAAACGGUCUGCAGCACUAGCGGCAGGCGCGCGCGGCUAUCUGGCACGCACUGUGCUAGACGGGGUCUGUUACAUUUACCGCAGUAACGACUGUGGCAUAAUGUGUAAGACCGUAGUUAAAGAUGACUAGUAGACAAAUAUCCCCCGCCAGCUGUUUAGUGCUGUGAGCAGCUGCCCAACCAAGAAACCGCGAUGGAAAUCGAUAGCACCACUACAGUUCACAAGGUGCACUUUCCGGAGUCCUUGGAUGCGUUCGGGCACGACUCCAGCAUACUGGUACAGCCACUUAACGAAGUCCACAUCAACGUUCACCUCGGAUUUAUUCAAGUGAACCAUAGAUACGAAGUGCGCUUCCAGUUUGACAGCCCUCCACAUCUAGGUAGUCUUUCAGUAAGGACACAGGACCCCCCAAACCUCAACCUUAGGGUGCUGGAACUGAAGCCAGUGAUCUCUUCAGGACCCAGGUAUGAAGUCGUUCUGGAAUUGCUUGCCUAUAAAGAGAAACUACUUCGAGAACAACUUCUGCUACAGUCCUGCAACAACCCGCAGCUCACACUGACACUCAUGCUCAAUGCCAGGGUCCUUGGGAAAGGAAAAGGCACACCAUUUCUCAAAACUGGAAUCCACUGCAUUGGCAUCGAAAUGGAGGAAGAGUCGGACCACAGCGACUGGCUGGAGUUACUUUGGAAUCCUACAGACUGGAAGGCUGCACUUGCACGUGUAACCACCACAAUGCCCAUCUCGACAUCUUGUGACAUUGAGGUUUUAAACGAGUGCUAACACAUUUUUGAAGUCGUAGAGAUUACCAGAUGCUUCUUGCAUGUAAAAAAAAUGACUCUUAGCAUGUAUGAAGGUAUAAAAGCAAUGGUAAAAUAUGUGAAUUUCACACUAAAGUUGGCAUUGAAAUGCUGUACCUGAUGACAAUGUGACACAGAGCAAUUUGGAGACAUUGUGCAGCAAUAUGGCUAAAUAUAACAUUAGUUCCUUUUGGCUAUGCUUGUGUGCCAGCCACAGCAAUCACAGAAGUAUCAUGGCGCAUCAGCCUCCUAAUACCGAAACUGGUUCAUAGUUUGGAGAAGAAAAAUAGGUGAAAAUGUCAAGUCAGUACUCCUUCAAAAAUUAAUCUACAAGGGCUUAAAUGUGCACUUAAAUCUAAAAAAAAAUACAGCAUUUUUGCAUUAUGCACCCUCCCUCACCAUGGCUGGAAAACAAACCUGAGAACCAAGUUGUCAUUGUUUGCUAUUGUGCUGAAACUUUCAUCCCCUACCCUAACAUCAGUGCCACACAUUCACUCAGAAUAGGCAUUGAAGGCUGCUGCCAUAAAAUCCAGGCAAGAGAGAAUUCUGCAGAGAUAGAAAUGGCUGCUUGCAGCUAUGAAUUUAUGCGGAUGCCCUGGUCGCACAGCACUAAAACAUAUGGGCAGUGCCCCUGUGGUCUCUUGCUCUUGGAAACUUGAGCUCCUCUGUGCAGGUAAAAAGACCCCACAGCUGAAUGGAGAGUUCGCUUGUCUUAAGAGCAAUUGAGAUAUUUCAUAUCUGAAUGCAACUGACUGGCAUUAACCUUAAAUGGGCAUAAAGUUCAAAGACAACUGCAUUCAAAUGAUUGUCAAGAUCACUAACAAGGAGCGCUAGCAAAAUUUAUAUUGAAAUGUGGCAGGAAGGUUGAUUGUUAAAAACACAUGUGCAGUCUAGUACUAUUACUGGGUAACAUCAGUACCAAGAAACAAGUCCAAGGUUGCACGAAACCUUUAAAUCUGCCUCAAGUACCCAUUUGCAUUAUUGCUACAUGGAUUGACACACUUAAACUACAACCCAAACUUGGUUGAAAUGUUUGGCAGCUAAUCAAAGGGGCUAUCAGAAUUAGGCCAAAGUUCAUGAAAUUCAACAUAACAUUUUAUAUGCACAGAGGAAAUGCAAGUGCGCAUUUCUAGAUCUGAUGGAAUUACUGUUUCUAUCCUUAAGGUUUGAAGAAAUCACUACAAUAGAUUUUUUUUUCGUUUUAUUUAGCAGCAGACUAAUCAUGGGAUGAGCUAGGCCAUGGUUCUUUUAAUGUGCAACAAAUGGUUAAUUAUACCAUAUUUAAAAAGAACAGAUUCAAAAUUGUGCGCGAAGUGGAGCACAGCUUCUGGCAUGUUGAGCAGGACUUCUACACACAAAAAAAAUUGGAGGUGGUGAAUGCGUGGUAUUACAAACCGCUGACGCACUGGUUUGAUGGCCAAGUCAUACUGUGAUUGUCUUACAGAAAGCUGAACUCGUUAAGCACUCAAUACAGUAAUAUGGGAGAGGGUGAGAAAAGUACUCACUGAGAGAAGCAACAGCAGAGGAUGAUGCUUAUCCUGUGUUGAAUGCAUGAAGGGCAGAGUGUAAGAGUGUAUGUAAUUUGGUGUGUGCAUCUCAAACUGAGGCCCUACACCAUGGUUAGAGUUGGCAGCUGCACAAGAUGAAAUGUCUGUGCUACCCCUUUAAGCUAACUGUGCAGAUGCCCCACUCUCUCAGAAGUCAGUUAAUUUCGCUUAAUCUGCAGCAAUUUAAAUGCUACAAGAUUUGUGCUGCUGCAACAGCAGCAAUAAAGCUGGAAUAAAUGGAUAGCAACUAUACAUGUCUGCAGAAUAGCCCUGUGUGUCAAUUUUUUUAAAUGACAAUUGCUAAUUACAACACCUUCAAUCUUCACAUAGCUAAUAACCUCCAGGCAAAUAGAGGUGCAGCAACAUUGCCCACAUAGUAUGACCAUUCUCGUGGCCUCGACUAAUAAUGGAAGUUGCAUAACCCACGAACCCAAUGAUGGACACAGAUAUCAUUGGGCAUGCUCCAGACCCAAGAUAUUUAUUACAAGCAAAGUACUCAUCACAGUUACUUAAGUAAGCUUGGAACAAACGCAUAGAAAGUGGGACAAAACACGUUCAAUUAUUCUGUAAAGCUAAUGUUUGUAAACACAAGUUAAAAGUUAAAACAAAAAUUGCAUGUAUGCAAAAUGUGGAAUGGUAGA